AGCUGGAGAUCCUUCUGUACGAGCAGCAAGCGGUGAUCGCUCAGCUUCUGGAAUUUUACACAGCAUUUGACCUUCAGGCUCUCUUGAUAGAGAAGGAGGAACCAUCAAUAAUCCCUCCUGAAGCUGUCGCAGCGGCGGCAGCGGCGGCGGCAGCAGCAGCUCCUGCAUCUGAUGACUCUGAGAACAGACUCCCGGAUGAAGCCUUCUACCGGAGUCUGAACAAUGCUCACCGAGAUAACCUCUCACAAGUGUCAGAGUCCACAGACCAAGAAUUGGCCAGGAUUUGGGACCUAGAAGAAACCGAAAAAGAAUCAGAUUCUUCAGAUGCGAGGAAGAAAGAAAAAGAGAGAGAAAAAGAGAAUGAAAAAGAUGAAGUGUUUACAGCAGAUGAUUACAAAGAUUAUAGGGGACAUAGUACUUGUAUUAGUGAGCAAGAUCUUCAAGAACUUCGCAAGUUCACAACCUUGGAUAAAGUGGCACUUGGAAAGCUCAAAGAGCUCGAUGCAUUAAGUGCAAAGUUACUUAAAGACUCUCAGAAUCUUCGUGAUCUACGGGAGCGGCUCAUAUUGUCUCCAAAGUUGGGUUCACCAACAUCAACAUCUCCAAGGCAUGUUAGCAAAUCUGAAGCUUCUACUGUGGCGGCUGCUGCUGCUGCUGCUGCUGCGUCAACUGUAGCUCAGCCAAUAGAUAACAAACUGACAGAAUCAGUUGUAGACGAAAAAUUACGUCAAAUGUACCUUGACUCCAAUAUAGACGACUGGACUUUCAGUCCAAAAACGACAGAACAACAAAGGAGUCGACCAAAUUCCCAGUUGUCAACUGACAGUAAUGCCACUGAUUCGGAGAUUAUGGCCGCACUUGGGAUGAAGACCAGUGGAUCUCCUCGGCACAUGCGUGAUCAUCUCCCUAAAGGUCCUUCUCCUCUCCCAUCUUCAGACACAUCCUUAGGGGCAGCCAAAGACACAGUGGGCUUGUCAGACUUUAGCAUGAUGGGGCGGAAAACUCCAGAUCCUCUUAUUGCAGGAGAAAAAUCAAUGGGCACGUCAUCACCAACGUUCUUCACAGCAAGCAGUGAAAAGAUUCGAUCGUCAUCUCCUUUUGCACCUUCGAGGACGCGCCAGGAUGGUUACAUCAGUUCUCCUCGCUCAGGAAGCCCCAAGGACGCGACAAGGGCUAAGAAAGUCUCUGUGACACCAACAGGCUUUGAUCCCAAAAGGCCAGGAACUCCAUCUCUCAUGACUACUAAGGAGGUAAGUGGCCACAGCCCUCGUGCCACACCCCGUCUCAUGAGUCCAAAGAGUCCUAAGAGCCCCAAGAGUCCAAAGUCACCCAGGACAACCAAGAGUCCAUCACCAAUACGAUACUCGGAAAUUGGGAAAUAUGACUCUGGCAUCUCCACACUCAGCAGCAGUAUGAGCACAUCCUCAAGCAUCGAGAAGAGUCCUACCAGUCCAAGACCUGGAAGGAGAGCCUCACCAUAUAGAAGUGAACGCACUGAGAGGAUCGAGGAGAUGUAUUUACCGUCCGCUACCUCAGCUGCUAUGUUAGCCUCGGUUACAACGACAACAGCUCCUAUCAGCUUUCCAACGGCAUCCUUGACAGGGCCCAAGACUGAUCACUUCAAAUUUAGCACAUCAGGGGAAGGAUUGCUCAGAGAAACGAAGAUGUUUAGCCCUGCAACGAUCCUUGAAGAAUCCAUACAACCAACUACAACGACUUCUUUUUUACACAUAUCAACUUCAAAACCUGACAUAGUUAAUACAGCGCUGUCAGCUGAGAAGGCAGAUCAACGUAUGCCAUCAUAUAUAUCUGCAUCUCAGCCAUCACCAUCACCAGGCCUGGGUGUGACCUCAAGUAUUCCCACAGACUACCUCACCCUCAGUCCCAGAAGAACAAAUGCCAAAGCACGAACUGGGAAUGCCUUUGAAGAGGCAUCUUUUAGCACAUACAGUAUUUACGCAAUCACUGCUGACCCCAUUACAAGAGUCAGCAAAAGUAAAGCUGAUGAGAUGUUUCUUGAGGACAUGCUUAUGAGUUCCUCUGCCCCACCUCCUCCUCCUGCACCGACUUCAAGUACAUAUUCUCACUACUACACAGGUUCGAGGUCCAGUGUGGCUUCUUCCUCACUCCUUACUAAUACCUCACUGGCUGAUACUUAUCCCUCCAGUUUAUCAGUAUCACCAAGCAUGGAGGGGAAGUAUCAGGGUAAACAGCAAUAUCAGACAUCUCCAUAUAUCAAUGAGCCCAAAUACUCCACACCAGCCUACUUGAAUGCUGCUGGGGAGCUUAAAUUUGUGGGCCAACACACAAGGAGAUUUGACCACUUGGCUGAAAUUGAACCUGGGCGUCCAGAGGCUAGGAAUAGUUUUGGUGCUGAUAGUUCUGACUCUAUUUCUUCAUAUUCAUCAAGCUCUAGUUUCUACCCUUCAUCUGGUCCCGGAGGGAAAGAUGGACACAAAUAUAAAUAUCAGCCAAAUUAUAAUCAGCCUCCCCCAUACGGAGCACAGCCACCCACCUCACACAUUGUCAGUAGGUAUGUGCCCAUGGAAGAUAAUUUAAAGGGAGGAACUUCCCGAUAUAAACCCAUGUAUGGGUAUGAUCCUGCAAACCCGAUGCUGAGAGAACCUCCAUAUGAAUCCCCAGACUCUUAUAUGAAUACCUAUCCACCAAAAGAUAGAUAUCGACCUCAGCCAAAUGUUGCAGAAUCUCCAUUACUGAAGAGUGAGGAUUUGUCAGGGUCACUAAGGAAUAUGGAGAAUAUACUUUCCACAGCAGCCCAUGAUGCUCCUCCUCCUCCUGGACCUUCUCCCACACCACGGUCAAGGAGUCGAUACGACCGCUAUCAUGACAAUCGUAGACAUACCCAAGCUGUCCCUGCUGCCACAGGGGAGUAUCUGCGCUCACACCAGUGGACUGAUGGCAAGUCUGAGAGGCCUCUCGAGCUUAACCUCAAGAGAUAUAGCCCCCAGAAUGCCCAGGAGCAUCGACAGUUGGUGCAAGAAGCUCAGCCUCAUCAUGCCUAUUAUGACAGUAGCAAUGUCCUAGUUUCUCAGGCAGGAUAUAUUUCAAUCACUCAGGAGACAGUUCCUAUCAAGGCAAAAGCUCCAUUGGAGGAGAAGAAGAAAUUACGGCGAGGCUCAAGCAUGAAGUCUGCCCUUAACUCUAUGAGUAAGAUGAUACCUGGUAUUGACAUCAUGGGGAAGAGAUCCAGAUCACAUAGCCUGCCUUCUCGUCCCAUGCAUGAGGAUGAGGCUCGCCAUAAGGAAUAUCAGGCAACAACAUUAGGCAGGAGGAAAGAGAAAAAGAGCAGGUCUAUUAUGUCUACUAUGUCAGGAUUUCUGCAGAAGACACGGCGACGCGGCAGUAGCCUUUCUCUCAGAUCCCUCUCAGAUUCAGAACAGUCAGACAUGGAGAUUAGUCGACCUAUUCCCCGACGCACCAUCUGGGAUGAUGACAGUGAUAACAGUAGCUUGCUGUCAGACACAACGACUGCAGCAGAUGCUUUAUUUCCAACCAUGAAACAAACAAAGAAAUACAGCUCAACUUCCAGUAGUAAGGAGAACAUACCAUCUGGAGAGGCUGUUCCUGAGCCCCCUGCCAAAACAGAGGAGCCUCAGACUGACACAGCUGAAGAUACAUCAAGCACUGUUGAUGCUGAAUCACUAUUUCCAACUGUUGGUGACUUAAAGCGUUCUGACAGCCGAGAAAAGGAUGUAGAACCUAAACAGUCAUCAGGGUCUACUCGUGUGACUGGUGGUCGGCGAGAGUUCGCAGUGUCAAGAGCCCUUGGGAAAUAUAGGCAGCGUCACUCAUCUGCUUCCGCCCAUUCUGAUGACCAGAGUGGCUCGGAGGAGGCUACACGCGCCAGCAGCAGUGGGUCAGACAGUGGGUCUCGCCCUCCCAGCAACCACCAAAUACUCAGUCCUCUUCCAGCAGGUGACUUACCUUCCCAGUUACCUGUGGACCGACCCCCUGUGGGCCCAGGUGCACCUUUGACCUCCGAGCCCCCUGGAGAAGAUACACUUUCCCAGAGGGAUAAUGCAGCAGCUUCUGAAUUGCAGCAGGUGAACAACAAUAUAACUGAUCUAACACGAGACACCACAACUCAAGAUCGUGAUGCAGGCAACCAGUUUGGACUGCAGCAAUUUUAUAAAGAUGCAAACAUUCCACCGAAUGUAAAUUUUCCCUUGAGCGGCCAGGCGACCCUUCCCGCUGGUGGUACAUGUCCCCCAGCACCGACCUAUAAUGCCCCCCAACUCCCACGUGAUGCCAUACCCUUUCCUGGCCAAGCUCAACAAUCCUUCCCCCAAGUUCCUCAUGACCCAACCCUUUUCCCAGUCUCACCAAAUGCUAACACUUCUCUUGACUUCUAUGAUCCAAACUUCCCUGCAAAUGCAGGCUACUUACAGCCAAAAAACGGGGAAGCGCCCGCCCCUACCACUAGGACUGUAACAGCGGCGGUGACCUCGGGAUUCGGAGUGCUCCCCGCCGCCGCUGCCACACUCCAACAUCCCGUCAACAAGAAUAUCGACAUUAGCGUGUCGGGGGAGGCGGGCGAUAGUGACACGUCCGUCAGCGAGUCUGUAGGAGCUGAAGGAACUCCUUCACGGGGCAGAGACCCUACAAGACGUUCCCCUCCAGAUUCUGCCAAGGACCGGUUGGCCUUGCCUCCACAGAGGACACUCUCAGAAGAAGAUGACAACCGCUCUGUGCGAAGCUUCCGCAUGUCACGUGGUUCUUCAAGGCGGCAAAGCACUGAAGAUUCCAUUGACUCUGAUGAUGAGUGGUAUCGAUAUGAGCUUAGGAAAUUAGAGCUCAUGGAAGCUGACCAGUGGCGAGAACCGGAACUUGAAGAAUGUUACCCGAUGCAGCCAGAUGACAAUGUGCGCAACUUUAUGAAUGUGGUUUUGUGUGAGCUACAGGGGCGAGUACAGAUGAUUGAGUCAAAUAUGCCAGGAACUGAACUGGAGCCCUAUGAUGAUACCAUCUCCAGUGCAAAGUCAAAUGAAUCAGCCUUCUUCUCGGCUACAGGAGAUAGUCGCCAGAGUUCCCUUCGGUACUCUGAGUCUCAGGACACACAGGCAUCACAAGAAAGUGCUGUAUUUUCAAUGAUCAGUACAGAUGCAGUGCCAGCUAAAUCACGCCCAUCACAGCCUGUAAUGCGGCCCAGGAUUGACUCUGAUGAUGAGGGAUCGUCAGGUGAAACUUCAGGGCCAGACUCUCCUGAAGAAGACCUGGAGGAUGAUGAAGACGAUGUACCUGGACCAGUUGUUGCACCUACAGUGAUACAGACUAAGCCAGCUGUUCAAGUUGCUCCAGUGCCGCCAGUUAAACCUGUGGAACAAGCUACACCUAGACGAUUACUCCCAGUGCCUCCAACAGAGCCUGUUAGAACUGUGGUCCCAGAGAUCUUAGAGCAGCAUGAAGUUGCAGAAAUCCCCAUGGUCCCUCAACCAACCAUGGAAGCAGAGCCAGAAGCUGGUGACUUUGCCCUUGGUCAAAGAAUUACGCCCACGGAGGAGCUUCCUCCAGCUGAGCCUAUUCCAACGGAGCUUCCUCCCCAAGAAGUUUCGGAAGACAAGGCAGUCACGCCUCCGGAAUCUGUAACAGUUAGUGAAGACAUUCCAAAAGUGGAAACCGAGUCUGAGACGGACAAAGUAAUUAGCGAGACAAAGGACGAAAAAACAGAAAUAACAGUAGAGGGCGAUACCUCAGCAAGCGCGGAGAGUCAACAGUCCACACCAGCUAAAUUAAAGACUUUGGGAGGGCCGGGGAGUAAGUGGAAAUUGGUAAAGGCACUCAAAGAAAAGAAGGAAGAACAGAAGAAGGAAGAGAAGGAAGAGGACACCUCGCAAAACCGAGGUGGCCUCGAUGGCGUGGUCAGCAAACUCAUGCCUGGAGACAACCCCUUCUACAGCAACAUUGACAGCAUGCCGGACAUUCGACCCCGGAGGAAGUCCAUCCCGCUCGUCUCAGAACUGACGAUGGCAGCGACCAAGAGGAACGCCGGGCUGACGUCUGCGGUCCCGAGAGCGUCCCUCAACGACGAGGAAUUGAAAAUGCACGUGUACAAGAAGACGCUGCAGGCGCUCAUCUACCCGAUCUCCUCGACGACGCCCCACAAGUUCCUUCCCUGGACGGCCACCUCGCCCACCUACUGCUACGAGUGCGAGGGCCUCCUGUGGGGCAUCGCGCGGCAGGGCGUCCGCUGCGUCGAGUGCGGGGUCAAGUGCCACGAGAAGUGCAAGGACCUGCUCAACGCGGACUGUCUGCAGACUGCUUACAACUUGGCCAAGCACGCACCCUGGUUGCCCAACGUCGAGGUAAUCCAAGUGCUUGUAGAGAGAGCGGCUGAGAAGAGCAGCAAACAUGGCGCGGAGGACAAGACCAAUAACAUCAUAGCGGCCAUGAAGGAUCGCAUGAAAAAGAGAGAAAGGGAAACGCCGGAAAUAUUCGAGCUUAUAAGGAUGACUUUCAAGGUGGAUCCAGAUACCCAUAUAGAUUCACUUGAGAAAGCAGAAGAUAACGUUUUAGAGGGGACCUCCCAUUGGUCUUGCAAGAUUGCAACUACAGUGAUCUGCGCGCAAGGCCUAAUCGCCAAGGACAAGAGCGGGACAUCUGACCCUUACGUGACCGUCCAGGUGGGGAAGACGAAGAAGCGAACCCACACCGUCCCUCAGGAGCUCAACCCCGUCUGGAAUGAGAAGUUCUACUUCGAGUGCCACAACUCCAGCGACAGGAUCAAAGUUCGCGUGUGGGACGAGGACAACGACAUCAAGUCAAAGCUGCGACAGAAACUCACGAGGGAGAGCGAUGACUUCCUCGGCCAGACCAUCAUCGAGGUGCGCACCCUCUCAGGCGAGAUGGACGUGUGGUACAACCUGGAGAAGCGAACGGACAAGUCAGCGGUGUCGGGGGCCAUCAGACUGCACAUUUCCGUGGAGAUCAAGGGCGAGGAGAAGGUCGCGCCGUACCACGUGCAGUACACUUGCCUGCACGAGAACCUGUUCCAUUACCUCUGCGAGCUGGAGGGCGGCGCCGUCAAGCUGCCCAAGGCCAAGGGCGAUGACGCGUGGAAGGUCUACUUCGACGACCACGCGCAGGACAUCGUCGACGAGUUCGCCAUGAGAUACGGCAUCGAGAGCAUCUACCAGGCCAUGACGCACUUCCACUGCCUCUCCACGAAGUACCUGUGCCCAGGCGUGCCAGCCGUCAUGUCCACGCUGCUCGCCAACAUCAACGCCUUCUACGCCCACACCACCGCCUCCUCCGCCGUCUCCGCCUCGGAUAGAUUCGCGGCGUCCAACUUCGGCAAAGAGAAAUUCGUCAAGUUGCUGGACCAGCUGCACAACUCGCUGCGCAUCGACCUGUCCAUGUACCGCAACAACUUCCCCGCCAGCUCCAACGAGAAGCUGCAGGACCUCAAGUCAACGGUCGACCUCCUCACCUCCAUCACCUUCUUCAGAAUGAAAGUGCAAGAGCUGUCGUCUCCGCCUCGAGCCAGCGCGGUGGUCAAGGACUGCGCCAUCGCCUGCCUCAGGUCCACGUACCAGUUCCUCUUCGAGAACUGCUACGAGCUCUACAACAGAGAGUUCCAGGUGGACCCUCAGGAGAAGAAGGAGGCCGGCGAGCAGGGGCCGCGGCUGGAGAGCGUCGACUUCUGGCACAAGCUCAUCGCGCUCAUCGUGUCCGUCAUCGAGGAGGACAAGAACAGCUAUGCGCCCGUCCUCAACCAGUUCCCGCAGGAGCUCAACAUCGGGAACCUAUCUGCAUCCACCAUGUGGAGCAUGUUCGCUGUCGACAUCAAGUAUGCUUUGGAAGAGCAUGAGCAGCACCGACUAUGUAAGAGCAGCGAGUACAUGAAUCUGCACUUCAAGGUGAAGUGGCUGUACAAUAACUACGUGAAGGACGUGCCUCCAUAUAGAGACCAAGUGCCUGAGUACCCAGCGUGGUUCGAGCCGUUCGUCAUGCAGUGGCUGAACGAGAACGACGACGUGUCUCUCGAGUAUCUCAACGGUGCCUUCCAGAGAGACAAGAAGGACGAGUUCCCACCAAGUUCCGAAAACUCCCUCUUCUCCAACUCCGUGGUAGACGUGUUCACGCAGCUCACGCAGUGCUUCGGCGUCGUGUCGAAACUCGAGUGUCCGGACCCCGAGAUCUGGAAGAGGUUCAUGAAGAGAUUUGCCAAGACGAUCGUCAAGGUCCUCCUGGCUUACGCCGACAUCACCAAGAAGGAGUUCCCCAACUACGUCACAGAUGAGAAGAAGGCGUGUAUCUUGAUGAACAACAUCCAGCAGCUGAGAGUACAGUUGGAGAAGAUGUACGAGAAGAUGGGCGGAGAGAAGCUGGAGGAGGACGUCGCCACUAUCCUCAACGAGCUUCAGGCGUCCCUCAAUACUGUGCUCGACGAGCUUGCGCACAAGUUCGCCAAGAGCCUGGAGGUCCGCAUCGCCGUCAAGGUGAAGGAGAUGGGAGACAAGCUGGCGGCGGUGAAGGGCACGGGGCAGGUGCAGCCGUCGCAGCGCAACGCCGUCAUCGUGGAGGCUGACGACGUACUGGUGCCCCUCAUGGAUCUCCUGGAGGACUCGCUGUCUCUAUACGCGCAGUCUUGUGAAAAGACGGUGCUCAAGCGACUCCUCAAGGAGCUGUGGAAGAUCGUCAUGACUACCAUGGAGAAGACCGUCGUCCUGCCGCCGAUGACUGACAAGGCUAUGAUGCUUAAGAACCUGACAGACAACGCUAAGAACUUGGCAGCGAACGCCAAGAUCGAAGACAUGUCAAGAUUGUUCAAGAACCAACUCGCGGGCGGCAAAGACGUGAAGAAUGCUGUCUCCAACAUCAUGGAUAUCUCCAAGGACUUCGAGCGCAACCUGACGCCGAAGCAGUGCGCGGUGCUGGAGGCCGCCCUCGACACCAUCAAGCAGUACUUCCACGCCGGAGGAAAUGGCCUUAAGAAGAACUUCCUCGACAAGUCGCCCGAGCUGAAAUCGCUGAACUAUGCGCUGUCCUUGUACACGCAAACCACGGACACGCUCAUCAAGACCUUUGUCACCACACAGACCAAUCAAGGUUCUACAGAGGAAGGCACCGUCGGCGAGAUCAGCGUGCAAGUGGACCUGUACACGCACCCGGGCACUGGAGAACAGCGCAUCAACGUCAAAGUGGUGGCGGCGAACGACCUCCGGUGGCCGACAACGGCGGGCGGGAUGUUCCGACCGUUCGUGGAGGUGAACCUGAUCGGGCCGCACCUCGCCGACAAGAAGAGAAAGUUCGCCACGAAGUCCAAGUCGAACAGCUGGUCGCCCAAGUUCAACGAGAGUGUCCAGUUCUUGAUCGGCAGCGAGGAGGGACCCGACAGCUUCGAGCUCCACAUCUGCAUCAAGGACUAUUGCUUCGCUCGCGAUGACCGGCUGGUGGGCGUGGCCGUACUCCAGCUCAGGGACAUCGUCGACCAGGGAUCGUGCGCCACGUGGCUGUCCCUGGGCAAGCGGUGCCACAUGGACGAGACGGGGUGGACGGUGCUGCGCAUCCUGAGUCAGCGCACCAACGACGAGGUGGCCAAGGAGUUCGUCAAGCUCAAGUCCGAAGUUCGAGGAGAACCACCCAUCACCCAGUAAAGCAGGAGGAGAAACAGGAAAAACGGCGAAGGAGGAUGAGAAGACUAUGGGAGAAGAGGAGGAGGAGAAGGAGGAGAGGAAAGUGCAUAUAGACGCUGGAGGUGAAACCUCGAAAAAAGGAGAGAGAGAGUGAGAGAGGGAGAGAGAGGGAGGGAGAGAGAAAGAAAAAAUGACACUGUUCCUCCUGAAGCUGUGGAUGCGGUGUUGGUGGACAGCCUCGUUAUUUAGUGUUUAGUGUGUGUGUGAGUGAGGGUCGCGCCAGCCAGGGCCGAAGGAGCCCCAUGAGGGAGCUCCCCCGGCAGGAGCCUCGCCCCCCACGCCCCUCGAAGCCCUGGCGAGGUGGACCUCAAUCGUCCAUGGAGACUCGAUCCAUGCGAAGUCUGCGUGCAUGGCUGCUGAUGGGUCAUGAAGCACAAAUAUUGAAUUAGCGUAACUAAACAUUUGGGGUUAAUUGAUUAAUCUGGAUUAUUGUUGGGAUUUUACAUAUUGUAACUUUUUUGUAUCAUCAGAGCGAUUGUUAAUAGAUGUAUUGAGCCGGACCUCCCGCUGAUGUAGGCAGGACUGUUUAACGAUUACUCAUAGAUAAAACCAAAACCAAAAUGGGAUUUAAAAUACGAAGCUUGAAAAUACAGUACGUUGCGGCCGUGCAGGACUAUGAGAGGAAAUGUCUGUGAUACAGUAUUGUGACUGAUUACCCUGGACUCAAUGUAUGGACCGUCAAGAAGGUAUAGUAGAUAAGUGCAGAGUUACAAAAUAAUAAUCCGUACAGAAGCUAUGUGUUCUCACUUCAAUGGAAUACAAGUUCUCUGCUCUUCCAAACCUUGUUUAAAAGUUUGUAAAAUAGUAUUUUCAAUCAUUUAAAGAUGAUGGUGUUCAUUCUGUAUAAUAUAUUACUGGUAAGAUGUACAACAUAUGCACCAGUGGCAGUAAUAUAUAAUUAUUAUGGAAGUGCCCCAGUAGCUUCGAAGUGUCAGCGUGGCAAGCGCCGCCAUGCUGCUGUCCCAUUUUCUGUGCUGGUGUGAAAGAAAACGACUGAACCGAAGGGCUUACUUUCCCAUUUGCUGUUAAGUGGUCAUAGGGUAAGUCUGCUGUUUUGUGCUGCAUUACUCUUUACUUCUCUUUAAGCGAGAAAAAAGCGUUGAUAUUCUAAUUAAUCACGUGGUUUAAGUUGUGAGCACAAAUUCUUAUUUUUCUAUGUGAUCAUGGCACAUAUUAUCAAAAGGUGCACAUUCAUAUUUCGCCUUUGAUCAGAUUGAGUAAGCAAUCUAUAUUGUACAUAUCAUUUUACCCUUAGGUUAGUCUUUGUCUGUAAUUAUAUUCAUGAUUGGAUGACUGUUAAGUAUUUUCCCAAAUUUAUUUUAGCUGGUUCUAGUCCACAAGCGUCGGCCAUGGCGGGAGCAGGACGAGAUGUUCGUUCAUCAAACCCUCUAGUCUUUUAGCGGUGCAUUUAUUUGUCCCGAAACCCGCUUUAGUAAGCCACGGCCGCACACGUUGAUAGGGACGAUUUUCCUACUCACAACACGGAGAAAAUAGCCGUUAUCAGAAGAGGUGGAAAAGGCUCACUUUGACCGGUAGCGGGAUAUUUGUUGGUAGUUGAUGUUUACCGGCGUGUGUGUGCGUGUGUUAAGUCUGUUUCAUCUGGACUAUCAGUAUGUUUAUUAACAAAAAAUAUAAAUAAAACGGGCACAUAUUGUACCUGUUUAUUAUUGGCAUGUUUGAACUUUUGCCGUGACAGGCGGAGUAGUGCAAGGGCUGACGGCUGUAAGUAUCCAGGAGUAUUUUGUACAAGAUUCACAGCCUUGGGAACCGCUGAUGUUACCUGAUCACCGGUCCUGGUGAAGCUGCGUGCAAGUGUAUUGUAAAUAGAACAAAACGUGAAAAUUGCGAAAACAAAAACUAAAUUGAGGGAGUGGAAAUUUAAGACGAUGCUUGAUCACUAAACUCAUUUUCUAUAGACAUUGCCAUUUGUAUGCAUAACAGUGCUGGAUACGAAAUGUUUUCUUUCUCACACACACCAAAAAUUGCGAGGGUUUCUUUGGAAAUAGGAAUUGCCCGAGUACCAAACUGUAAAAAAACAGGAGCUAAAAGAAGCCCACUUUGUAUAUAAACCAGUCAAAAUAACUUAAAGAUACUCCCAGCGACCAGCCUAUGAUGAUGGCAAACUUAAAAGACAAACGAGGAGCUCUUCUGAGCGGCGCCUCCUCCUCGACCGCUGGAGCUCGGCCUCCAGACACCUCGAGUCGGAGGGACGGAGACCGGCGGCGGCGGCUGCGGCGGAAGGGCGUCGCGAGGGGGGUCGUUGCAUGCCUGUGCGAGCAAGGAUCAGAUUCUUCCAGUUGUGUGUGUAUAUAGUCGCCCUUAUACCCAAGAAAACUACUUUCAUGCUAUACACUUCUGUUGUCCGGUCUUUUCCUCCAUAGCACACAGAUCAUGCCUGGGGAGCGACCUGCGGACCCAAGGGGAAACGCCCGUGGAAAAAGGGAAAAGCUCUCUCCAGCCUCGUUCCUUUCCUUCCUCUGUCCCUGGCUGCGUUUGUGGUUCAGUUCCUCGUCAUCCCGACACCACGUUGCAUCUGGUGGUGCGAGUUGGCCGUACGAGCAUCCCCAGGCGUGUGACAUAACUUAUACCUAAAAAGAAAAAAAAAACUUGUAUUGUUACGUGUUGGCAUGCUGUUACCGACUCGAAGAGGCCAGGGGAUUCUUUCUACGACCUGAGGUGACCAAAAGAAAGGGGAAAAAAGAAAAGAAGAGAAGAAAAGGAAAGACCAAGCAGGUUCCAAGAAUCCUCUGUCCGCCUCUUUACCCUAGAUUUUUAUGAUCCCACCUAGUUAUCCCACGCAGCAUGAAUGGCAAGGUCAUCACUACAGGAUAUGUAAAGAGACCUCACAGGGAAGAUGUGCAGUCUCAGUUCAAAGCUUUUUGAGUCAUUACACCCAUCUAGAUGUAAAUAUGUCAUUUAUCAUCGUGAGUGCGAUAAAAAAUAAAAAUCAAGACCUAUUUGAUCCGUAUCACACCUCUCUUAGUCGGUGGCUAUGCCUUUAGUUCGCUCCCAUGGUGGUACCUUGCCCAUUUGUUGACUUCAACUAUGGGAGACCACGAUCCCAUUUUUGACAACUUGUGUGCCUUUCUGUACCAAUAAUAAGUCCCAGGGUGGAUCCACGAACUUUAGUUGUUUCCCCCUCACCAUAGACGCAGCUCCAACAUGGCGGUGGGUACGCGGACAGUGCGGGCGGUCACACACUAUCACACGACACCAUAAGGACAUAAUACACCCCCGCGGCGCAGACACAUACAAACGCGCCACCGGGAAGGACACUUACCUCUAGGGAUACACUUACAUGUGCUACUCAAACCACCAUACUUUUCUUCUGGGGGUACACUGUAAGACUGUCUGGGACAUACAUAAUUGUACAAUAUAUGGGGUGUAUAUACACACAUUUAUGACAAGGCAGCACACAUAUUCCAUUAGGGACACACGUCAUCAAUGUACGUAAAGUUAUACAAGCGUCAGCCACAUAUACAACUUGAAGGGCACUUUUAUUGGCACUCGAAUGGUGCACAUUCAAUACAAUUCAGGGACAAACACACAUUUAAACUAUUAACAUAUAGACGUCAGUACACAUUCAGUGACAUAAAUACCCAACGGUUUACACGAAUACAAUUCCAUACACACGCGUAUACAUACAUAUUCCCUCUGGGCCUUACACACAUGCUCAUAUACACGUCCCCUCUUCGGGCCCUAUACAUACGCACAUACACACACACACAGUCGGCCGCCACAUACUCUGUGAGCCCGAGAGUCUUGUGAGUAACUUGAAGAAUACCAAGCGGUGCUCGCAGAGGCCUCUCGCGAAAGGAAAACCAGGCAGAACGGCAGGCGGUGUGAGAUGCUGCUCACAUAUAACGUGUUAAUCCUACUUGUAUCUGUGUAUUUCUAAACAAAUUAUAAAACGCAACUCUCUGUGUAUGCCAUUACAGUUAUAACUAAUGCAUUAAACUAUAUAAUGUAAUGAAACACUGUACGUCUGUUGAUAACUAUACAAAGGGUAUCAUAAUGCAUGUUACAAUGCUUAUUUGUGAAUAUCGUAAUGCUUUCUCUUGCUCUCAGUCUCUUCGUAUACUAGGGGUUCCAGCUGUCCCGCCCUGCACUGCCUGCCGUACGACCACGCCACCGCCAGGGGCUAUGGCCAGUCAGAUGAUUUUUUAUUUUCCACUUGGUAUCGCUGUCCUCUGAAGAUUCUCGUCAGAUUUUCUUGUUAAUGUGAGUGGGAUUGAAGACGAAAAGUUUGGGUUUCCGUUGGUAGAUGUGAAUGAAGAGCUGCCUUAUUUUUUUGUUUCACAUUUCCUUCCUUUGGAUCAGAUCCGAUGGUUAGUACAACUCACAGGUUCGUCUUCUGUCCCAGUGUCGAAUGGUUAUUGGCAUUCAUAUUAUAUCAUAUUAAUUCCCAAGUGAAUCGUAGUCCUAUAGUUGGUUUUGUUAAUAUUAUUCCUCUAUCUGAAAAUAAAGGCCCUUUGAGUAAAA